CAAUUUGUUCAAAAACAGUGCUCAUCUAAACAAAACAAACAGCAAAGCCCAAAAAAACAAAUCUCAUAGUUGCAGAAAACAAUGGCAGAAAAAGGAGGUUUAGGGUUUGAGAUAACAGAGCUUAGAUUGGGUCUUCCUGGGGUUUCUCUUAAAUCAUCAUCAGAGAUUAACAAGAAAAGGGCAUUUUCAGAAACGUUAAACGACGAAUAUAGCUCGACAACUACAGAUCAUUGUGAAGAUCGGAAUAAUCAAAGCAAGACACAAAUUGUUGGUUGGCCACCGGUAUGUUUACACAGAAAAAAGAACAGUAAUAGUACGAAUGUUAUCAUUCAUGAAGAAAAAUGUAAUGACUCAGAUUCAGCUAAACUAUAUGUAAAAAUCUCCAUGGAUGGUGCACCGUUUUUAAGGAAACUUGACCUUAAUGUCUAUGAGAGGUAUUCUGAUCUCAUAGUUGCGUUUGAGAAACUCUUCAGCGGUUUCAUUUCCGGCGAGGUCUUAAACGACACGGACAAUUCAGAGUAUGUACCAAUUUAUGAAGAUAAAGAAGGGGAUUGGAUGCUCGUCGGGGACGUUCCUUGGACGAUGUUUACUGAAUCAUGCAAGAGAUUAAGGAUAAUGAAAAGAUCAAAUGCAAAACAAUUUGGCUUGCGAGAUGAGAAAUAUGAAACGUCGAACGGAAUUGAUAAUUCAAACUGACUGAAUUCAUCGGCGAUUGGAAUUUCGUAGUUUUAUAUAUAUUGUAAUGUGUUUUUAGUUAAGGAACUAAAAUACAUUUUCGUUAGUUUUAAGCAAAGAAUGUUUAUGCUCAGAGAUAUACAUACACUGCAGUGUUUAGUUUCGAAUUCUUGUAAUUUACAAGCAAUGGUGUCUGCUUAAUCGUUUCAUAGCUAGUAAUUCAUAAUAUUUUUAUACGAGAUACUUUGAGUGCAAAAAAAAAAAAAAAAAACAUCUACAUUGUCUCAAAUGCCUUUGAGCAUUUACAUUACUGUUGUCACAAAAGAUGGUCAAAU